AUGUCCGGGAAGCCCCAGCCUCCGCCCUCCCCUUCCGCCCGGCUGCCCGGCACGGAAACCACGUGCGUCGCCCGGGGCGGAGCUAAACGCGGCCGCUGGCGGCGGGCGGUGGGGGGGCCAUGGCGGGUCACAGCCGCGCCCCCCGCUCCCCUUCCCCGAACCCCCACGCUCUGGGGCGGCGAGGAGCCCGGCGAGGCCAACCCCUUCUCCUUCCGGGAGUUCGUGCGGAGCCAGGGCCGGGGCGCGGCCCCGCGCGGCGCCAGCCCCAAGGCCGCCGCGCCGCCGCCCCCCCUGCGGCUCCACGAGCCGUUUUUCCCGGACCCCAGCGCGGGCGACACGCGGCUGGACGAGGAGGAUGCGGAGUGGAGCGGGUGUUACCAGCCCGCCGCCGUGGAACGAGCCCACUUGGCCGGGCCCGGGAGCGCCUCGCCGGGGCCCAGCGCCUUGGAGUCCUUCUACUGCGACCGCCCGGACUGGUCGGGGCUGGAGGACUCCGCUCCGUGGCAGCUGGACGAGAGUGACCCCCUGGGCUACGCAGAGCAGAGCCUGGCGUCCCGGGGGGAAGCUGGAGAGGGGCCCUGUCACCCGCUGCAGCCGGCCUGCCGAGACCUACAAGAAGAAAAUGCCAGACUAAGAAGCAAGAUUAACCAGCUUCACUUCUUCUCUGAAAUUCAGACAGACAAGGUAAAGACACUUGAAAAAAAACUAGAAGAGAACAAGAUUAAAGAGCAAAAAGAGGCCCGGGAUCUAGAAGCAAUGGUGCAGCAUGUAGAAGAGAAUCUCCAGUUGAUGACGAAACGGGCUGUGAAAGCAGAAAAUAAUGUUAUAAAACUGAAACAGGAAAAUGCACUACUUCAGCUGAAAAAUUACAAGACAGAGAAUGAAGCCUUGAAGACUGGCCAGUCUGCUAGUUUGGCUGUAGUGAAACAAAAUGCAGAUAUUGCCUUGCAGAAUCUUCUGAGAGUAAUUACAAAUUCACGCUCUUCAAUAAAGCAAUUGGUCUCUGGAGCAGAAUCAUUGCAGGUCGUUGCCGAACUCCUUAAAUCGAUCGACAGAAUUUCUGAAAUUUCAGAUGAUGGACCGUGAAAAAACCACUAAAGGAACUCUACCCCAAGAGUUCUGUUUACAUAUAGAAAUCAUUAUUUAAAGAUUGUUUGCUUUAAUAUUUAAAAAAUGCUGUCUUAAAAUAUGCAACCUUUACCCUUACUGUUUUUAUUGUGGGAGAACAGUUAUGCAGUGGUGCCCUUCCUUCCAUUGUACCAACAGUGGCUCUCCAGAACCUGAUCCAGCAAACCACGUACUUUAAGUGCUUUGCUGGAUUGGGACCUCAAGACCCAGCCAUCACACUGUGUGCAUUGCAGUCUCCCAUUAAAAUGAAGUGGAGCACUGGACUCAAAACAUUGUGCUCCCUGCCUUUUUUCCUCAUUCCCUCUAGUAGUGCUGUGUCAAAGUAUUUUAUAAAUGCUGGGAGCAAAUAAAUCUUUUCUGUGUGGUGUUUUUUACUGCUAUGAGGGGUGAGGUAGGGGGAAAUAUUUUGAACUCUUGUAGAAUUAAAUAUGAAAAUGAGACUAUACCCUACAUAAUGCUUUAACCAGUUUACUUCCUAAAUAUAUUUUAAAAUGCUUUUUAAUUGUAUGAGGUUUUGUAACAAUACUUUUUUCAAAAAAAAAAAAAAGAGAAAUUAAAUACUACUGCCUUUA